ACAGCAAGGAAAAAUAGAAGUAUCAGAAAUAGUUGUAAAAGUAGUUAAUGGUAGUUCAUGGCUCGCAAGGUGUAUCAGAAAAUGGGCAAACAUUUGCAUGAAAGAAGAGUUAAUCCCACCAAGUUUAAGAGGAAAAAUGCCUAUGAAAAGUCUGCUUCAUAAUGAAUUUGUGUUUCUUCAGUUGGCUGCUUACCUAUGA